AUUCACUUUGAUUGGUUCUAUCUCGGGUCAUACAGGACUGGUAUUGAAAUGGUCUCCGAACAUAUUUGCUUUCAUUGAAGCGUGGCAUGGCUAGAUUAUGAGAAAAUGUAACAGACUAGUCCUCUACUGAAAAUGUGACUCAUUCAAUAAUGUUCUUGUAUUCUAAGCCUAUGAAUAUAUUGAUGAUACAGAUAAAUCAUUUUGGCUGACCUCAUCUGAUUUGGCUGAUACCUCGUGCUGUUCUAAACAAGAAAAUGUCCUUAUCCUUCCAUGUACCGUAACAGCAACAUAAACAUUGAAAUGUCCUCCCAAAGUAACUCAGCAUCUCAUAAACAGUACAAUGCUGACGAAGAUCGAGGUCAAUUUACCAGGCAAUUGAGUUCACAGAGCCGAUUCAAAGUGGACGCCAGGCCCACUAAAAUGCUCUGCAAACGAGUGGAUGAAUUCAGGAUAGAGGUUGACGAAAUGGCCUUUACAGAGCACGAGUACGACCGCCGCCGCCGCCGGAGAGCCUCCUCCAGGAGAGACCGACACAUCCGUCGUUGGAGGAGAUGCUACCUUCCCGCCAUCUUGCUAGUACUAGCCGGUUCUUUCUUUCUGUUUGUCAGCUCUAUUGAUGGAUUUGUAGAUAAAAGCUCUGUUUUUAGGCAGAACAAACUUCUCUUCCAGUGUGUAGGUGGCGCUGCUCUAGGACUAGGCAGCUUCCUGAUUGUUCUGAGCGUUGUGUGCAUACACCACAGAGAAGACUUUGUGAAAUCAACAGCGCCAUCUCUGUCCUACACACGAGAUCAGACUUCAGAGACGAAUGAUCAGCUCGACGGAUAUUUCCGUCUGCCUUCGUCAGACUCCGGGUGUCCGGAAUCCCCCGCCGACAGCCUUGCGGAGAGCUUCCGUUCUUUUGACUCUGCUGGUAAAUGGAUAUCAGAACACAGAGCAGCUUUUAAGGCUAGUGCCCGCAGUCUACGCCGAGUGUACAGCGACACGGCUUUAAAUGAAAACUUUUCUAAAGCACGUUUGGUUGUCUGGGCACACAACUAUCCAGGCAAAACUGUAAACACUGAUGGAGUAUCCGAAGAGAAACCUCAGAUUCCUUGCGAUACAUAAAAUAGAUUGCAUAAGAUUCUGUUAGUUAAGACUAUUAAAUCGUAGCUAUGCAAGGAGUUGUAAAUAUUGUAUACUACAAUAACAAAUGUGUUUCAAUGUUACAUGUUACAAAUGUGUUCAUCAAUCAAUAUACCAAGUAUCAUUUAGCAUGUUAUACAUCUCGUUGUUGUUACACCAUUACAUUUAUAUCAACUCACUCUGUCUGGUACAAUUUUUUUUUACACUUUCUCCCACACCCAUUCUUGGAUCUUUACACAAUCAUUUGUUUUACCUAACAAAACACGAAUCAAUCAAAUAAAAAAAAUUAACCAAUCAGUUAAUUAAUUAUUGAUAAUUAUCAUGUUUAGUAUUGAACAAAGGAAAUAAAUGUUACUUAUUGUGAGAUUUGACAGUAUAUGUGAAGCUAUUCCCCACUAUUAAGUUUUUAACGAUUUUUUUUCACCUUCUCUCAUCAAGCUGAAAUUUCGCAUAAUUAUUCAUAGUCGAUGGCAAAACACGAAUCAGUUAAAAAAAUUCACCAAUUAGUUAAUCAGUUAAUGGGAAUUAAUUAAUUUUGUUUUGAAAUUGAAAAGGGGAACUAAUUCAUCAAGUAUUGAGAUAUGUCUAAUUUAGGGUUAUUUCCUUUAGAUAAACUUUGUUUUUUUUUUGUGUGUGUUUUUUUUAAGAUUUUAAAGAAAUAUUUUGCAUGUUUAAAUUAUUGAGUUUUAGUGUGUGUGUGGGGGGGUGUUUAAGUUCAAGUUUAUAAGUUAUUGCGUUACAAAUGUGUUUCAUAAAUAAAACGAUGUAUUCAU